AUGGUCUCAAUAAGGAGUGUCACCAGUCUUCUGGUUUUAUCCAUAGAUCUGAGCACUGCAAUACCAACAUUCCUUCAAAACGUACUACAAAAUGGCAUCUCGAAAGAACUUAACACUAGAGAAUUGGAAAUCGGAGAAUUAAACUUCUUGCAUACGACGGAUACGCACGGGUGGUUGGGCUCUCAUAUAAACCAAGCUAACUACGAUGCCGAUUGGGGUGAUUUUGUUUCGUUUGCCUCGAGUUUCAAGCGCCAAAAGGUCGGGAAAUCAAGAGAUUUGAUAUUGAUAGAUACCGGGGACAAGCACGAUGGCAACGGGCUCAGUGAUGCUACAGUACCCAAUGGCCGUAUUUCGACCGAAAUUUUCAAUGAACAGGACUAUGAUUUGCUAACUUUGGGUAACCACGAGCUUUACACGGCCGAAAACACGAUCCUGGAGUAUUACUCUACAGCUCUAUCGCAAAAGUUCAAAGAUGCCUACGUGUCAAGUAACGUGGAAUUUGUUACCGAUGAUGGAGACCUGGUACCCUUCGGCUCGAAAUACCGCUAUUUCGAAACUCACAAUCAAAAUAUUCGUAUUUUAGCGCUUUCCUUUAUGUUCAACUUCCAGAGAACAAAUCCAAGAGCCAGAGUCUCCCCUGCAACAAGCAUAUUUCAACAGGACUGGUUUAAACAAAUGGUAAAGCAAUAUCCGCAGGAUAAGGUAGACGUGAUUGUAAUAUUUGGCCACAUGCCAAUCACUGACCCUGAAGCACACGAAAUUAAUCAUGUUCACACGACGUUAAGAAAGCUCUACCCCGAGACUGUCAUUCAAUACUUUGGCGGGCACUCGCAUAUAAGAGAUUUUGCGGUUUUUGAUGAGAGGGCAACCGGACUACAAAGUGGACGAUUUUCAGAAACCGUUGGGUUUCUGUCUAUUGAUAAAAUAAAGAGCGGAGCCCCAGAGUUUAAAAGACGAUACAUUGAUUUCGGCAAACACUCUUUUGCAUACCAUUCGGGUGUUUCUAGGCAAACUAAGAAAGGUCAAGACCUGUCGCUUAAAAUCGCGAGUGUGAGACAAGAGCUGAAUUUAAAUGAAGUAAUCGGCCAUGUUCCAACGUCCUAUUACAUGUAUUCGAAACCUAUAACCUCCAAACACAACAUCUACAAUUUGCUUGUAACGAAGGUUUUACCACGAUUGAAAUCUGAUCAAACAGAUGAGACGAAGUCUCGCUUCAUAAUCAUCAAUACGGGAUCCAUCAGAUAUGACUUGUAUAAGGGGAAUUUCACCAAGGACACAGAGUUUAUUGUUUCACCGUUUCCGAAUGAUUGGAACUUCGUGGAGGUGCCACUUUCGCUGGCCGAAGGUGUUGCAGAUUAUUUGAAUGAAGGCCCCGUAUUGUACACCUCGAUGGCUCCUCCUGGAGCUCGCAGCAGAAAAAGACAUCCAGAGUCAUGCCCUUUCAUUCAUGAUCCAAAACUGAGCAAGGGUUAUACAACGAGGGAUGAUUUUGGAUGUGAUGGUGAUGAUGUACCUCACAAUACGGAGUUAUAUUUUACGGUUCCCAAUGUAGUGCAGUCUGUGGAACUGAAGCCAACAGACGGCGUAAAUGUUCACUUAGUAUUCUACAGUUUCAUUCAAAAAGAUAUAUUAAAGGCUUUGAAUGAAUUGGGCGAGACUCGAUUGAGCGGAUUUGAGCAUUUCACAGAUAGAGAUUGUAAAAGGUACGGAGGUGCUUCUACCAAAGAACUGUUGAAGGAGUAUAUAAGGGAUGGCGAGUGA